GAGUCUGCCCUCCCCUCAGAUAAAACAUAACAGGGGAGGUUUGGACUUGCUUUGCCUUUCUUUUUGGCCUUUUGGUGCCACUUCAGCCACUGACUCUUUAGUGCCGGUUAGAAUAACCUGUCUUGAGAGCAAGCAAUGUUGGUUGUUGUUGCAUUCGUUCUCUGUGCAGCCUCCUCUGUUUCAGCAUCUACCAAAGAUGUUGCAGCUGGACCCCGGCUGAACAACAACCAGCUGUACAAAUUCAGCUACACCACUGAGGUCCUGCUAGACAAGGCCAGAAGGUCAAAAGAGGGCAGCGCUGGCUACAGAAUCUCAAGCGACGUAAACGUUAACCUGGUUUGGAGAGAUCCAAACAGCAAGGAUGACCAGCUGAUUCAGCUGGCGAUCUCAAACGUGAAGAUUGAGCCUGCAUCUCACAGACCAGAGAAGAAAAAUAUCCUACAUGGAUCCACAACUGAAAGCAUUUUAGGGAAAACCAAACUAGCCGCUCUGACAAAACCUUGCCUGCUGCACCUCAAAAAUGGAAAGACAAAAGCCUUUUAUUCCUACUGGGCAGAACCUGCAACCAUCAAGAAUCUAAAACGAGGCCUGGCCAGCUUAUUGCAAUAUCAGUUCCAUACUGGGAAGGUUGUAGAGAAUGACGUGUCUGGAAGGUGUACAAUUCAGUAUCAGGCAGUAAAAGGUCAAGUAACAAGAACCAAGAUCCUGGAUACGUGUAAAACUUCAGAGACCGGAUUUACUACACAUAGUAAGGUCUUGGGUAUUAGCAAGAAGUCCAAUUCUGUUACAGUGUUCACACUUGAAGAUGGCUUUAUCCGCUCAGCUGUGGCUGAAGAAAUGCACUCACUGACUCUUAAUGCACGGAGAUCUACAGCAGCUAAAGUCGUUUCCAGGCAAACCCUCACGUUGGUAGGUACAGAGGCUGGACCACUGGAGGCUGCUGGAAAAGAUGUUUCUGAAGUUGUCAAGUCAGUUGAUGGCAAACUGGCAGCUGUUGGUAUUGUGGCUGAGAAGGUGAAAUCCAAGUGCAAAGGCUGCCCAUCACUUUUUGAACAUUGGCAGGCUGAACAGAAGCAGCUGGAGCCAGCAAGCCUGUCCAAGACCACAGCUCCUCGCAGCUUCCUGGCCCUCAUCCAGAGCAUUAGGAAGGCAUCCAAGGACGAGAUCCUCAAAGUGCUGAAAAGUGCCAGCAAGACGUCUCUACCUCAGGUGGUGGAUGCUGUGACUUCCUCUCAGACUUCCGCAUCUCUGGAUGCCAUGCUUGAGUUUCUUAACUUCACCGAUGCCAAGGGUUUGGUUUUGCAGGAGCGGUUUCUCUAUGCAUGUGGCUUUGCUUCUCAUCCUGACGAGACAAUGCUAAGGGCUUUGCUGGAUAUUUCCAAAGGAAAAAUUGGCAGCACAGAAAUUAAAGAAUCAGUGGUGAUCAUUAUGGGAGCACUGAUCCACAAGCUGUGUUUGAAAGGAGGCUGCAAUUUACCGACAGUGGUUCAGGUGAAGAAGAUUAUUUUAGGUGGUCCUGGGAGCACACAGGUUGAGAGUGAGGUCCAGAUGUACCUUCUGGCCCUGAAGAACUCUCUACUACCAGAGGCCAUUCCCAUCUUUACUAAAUAUGCAGAGUCAGAGGUUGGCUCUUACAGCACCAUUGCCCUUACUGCCCUGCAGAGAUACGAUGUCAAUUUCAUAACCAGUGAGGUUAAACAGACAGUGAACAGGGUUUAUCACCAGAAUCGUCGAAUCUAUGAGAAAAAUGUGAGAGCUGCAGCUGCUGAUGUCAUCCUCAGCAGCAACCCUUCAUACAUGGAAGUCAAGAAUCUGCUGCUGUCAAUUGGAAACUUACCCCUUGAAAUGAACAAGUAUAUGCUGUCAAAGAUCCAGGACAUCGUCCGCUUUCAGAUGCCUGCCAGUAAGAUUGUGCGACGAGCAAUGAGAGACAUGAUUUCCCACAAUUAUGAUCGCUUUGCUAAGGUUGGGUCAUCGUCGGCGUUCUCAGGAUUCAUGGCACAAUCUGCUGAUUUGACCUCCACAUAUAGUUUGGACAUCCUGUAUUCAGGCUCUGGGAUCUUGAGAAGAAGUAACAUGAACAUUUAUGGUGCUAGUAAAGAAGCAAUGUUACAUGGACUACAGGUAGCAAUCGAAGCCCAGGGUCUGGAGUCCCUUAUCGCUGCAACGGCUGAUGAGGGGGAGGAAGACCUGGAGUCAUUUGCUGGGAUGUCAGCACUGCUGUUUGAUGUCCAGUUAAGACCUGUCACGUUCUUCAAGGGUUACAGUGAUCUCAUGUCCAAAAUGUUCUCCAUGACUGGAGACCCCAUAAAUGUGGUGAAGGGCCUCAUCCUGCUGAGUGAUCACUCUGAGGUUAUCCAGCUGCAGUCUGGUUUGAAGGCGAGUGCAGAGUUUCAAGGAGGGUUAGCCAUUGACAUUUCUGGAGGGAUGGAGAUAAGUCUGUGGUACAGAGAGUCCAAGACCAGUGUCAACAACAGGGGAACAUUAGUGGUCACUGGUAAUGUCACCGUGGAUAUGGACUUUUUGAGGUCUGGUCUGGAGGUCAGCUUUGAAACAGAGGCAUCGCUGGACUUCAUUACCACCGUCCAGUUCUCUGAAUACCCCUUCCUGGUGUGCAUGCAGAUGGAUAAGGCUACUUUCCCUGUCAGGGAAUAUCUUACCAAGUAUGAGAAUUUGUCAUCUGGGAAAAGUGUCACGUCACAAAAGAAAAAAACCCUGCUCGUCCCUGGCUCUGAAUUCCCUCUUCAUCAGGAGAAUUCAAACAUGUGCAAGAAGGUUUUUGACUCCAACUGGUAGAGAGGAUACCAUGAACUAUUACUAUUGAAUGCUUUAUUGCAUUCUAGGACAGCUAUCACACCUCUAUAAUGAGAAAGUAGGUCUUUACUUCUUAAGCAGUGAUCAACCAUGAGGAAAAAAGCUGGUGAAUCCUUCAUUUUUUCUUUUUUUUUUAAGUGACAUGCAAUGUUUACAUUUCUUGUGAGUAUUUAAGUAAUUGUAAUUCAACAUUUACGCACAAAUCAGGAAUUUAUGAAUUGUUGUUUCAUGGAUUUUUUUAAAAUAGCAUAUUUAUGAUGGGCACAUACAAGAUGUAUAUUUUGAUAUAGCGUACUCAGCAUAAAUAGCACCAACCACUGUAAUUUCCUCCAAGACAGUUACAGUGAAGAGGAGCAUGUACACAUCACACUGGAGACAGCAGAUUAAAAUGUUCAUAAACCAAAAUGCUCCUUUCUGCGACCAUUCCUAUGUUUUUAAACUAUGUUGAUGAGGAAUUUGUUGUUGUACAUGUGUCUCUGUCUCACUGUUCA